AUGACCAACCAGUCUCUUCAUGUGAACAUUGACAAGUGGAUUGCUGAGAAUGAGAGCUCAUUCCUACCUCAUGUAUGCAACAAAUUAAUGUUCUUUUGUCAACUGAAUAUUAUGUAUGUUGGUGGUCCAAAUGUGAGGAAGGAUUAUCACAUUGAAGAAGGGGAAGAGCUCUUUUACCAGGUGAGGGGCGGGGGGGACAUGGUUUUGAAAGUGAUAGAGAACGGCAAGCAUAAAGACAUACACAUUCGAGAAGGAGAAGUGUUCCUGCUUCCAGCGCGGAUUCCCCAUUCUCCUCAGAGAUACGCAGACACAGUAGGGCUGGUCGUGGAGAGGAGGAGGCUUCGCUCAGAGACAGAUUGCCUCAGGUACCAUGGGAUAUCUCUCCCAGACACAUUACGCCUGCCUUUUCUCUAACCGUUUAUGGAUCCCAAACAGAAUAAAACAGGAAAGCCUGAUCCAGCUGAACCCAUCAAGUCAACCCCAUACCCACUCAACACCAUGAAGGUGAUGGAACCGUUCUGAUUCAAAGAGUGGGUGGAAAAGCAGAAGCCUGCCCUGGCCAGUGGUCAGUCCGUGGAUAUGUUUGGAGAACAGUUUGAGACUGAGACGUUUCUCUUUGGUCCGGGUAUAUCCGAAACCUCUAGAAGAAAAACUGAUGGCUAGAUCUGGCAACUGGCAACACAUUCAUCUGUCUCUGUCCUUUAUUUUUAUUUCAACCUUUCUAUAGCGGAUUGCCUUCUUAUUUUUGGAGAGACAGAGUAUCGAUGGAAACGAACAAUUGAUUGUAUCACUUUGUAUGUUGCCCAAGACCCAGACAGGAAGAGACUCUAUUGACACCCAUAUACACACAAGAAACACUGGUUUAGGGCCAAAUGUUUUAAUGGUUUUUAAUAACAACAUUCUUUCUAAUGCAGUUUUUAUUGUAAUACUUAUGUACCCACAGUAUCCACAGUAUCAUGUCCACAAUAAUCACAG